AUGCCUUUCCAUGGCCAAUACACCACCGAGAAGGUCCAGUAUCCUUCACAUGGUGAGACUAUUGGUGGAAUCCUCUACCGUCCUACCAAUGUCAAGAACCCACCAGGUGUUGUUGUCACCGGCCCGUACUCCUUCAUGAAAGAGCAAGCACCUCUUCAGUAUGCAACUCGCCUUGCAGACGAAGGCUAUGCAGCUUUGAUAUUCGACCCUCGCACCGUCGGAGAAAGCACAGGCCAACCCAGAAGAUUAGAAAACCCCAAAAUGAAAAAUGAGGAUAUAGUCGCAGGACUUACCUACCUCUCUGCACGUGGCGAUAUCGAUGUGUCUCGGCUCUUCCUAGUCGGAAUCUGCCAGGGCGGCCCCGAGUCCCUGGACGUGGCAUCUUAUGAUACCCGGGUUGCAGGUGUGGCCUCGGUCUCGGGAUACUACCGCGACCACGAAACCGACAUCUACAUGAUUUGUGCUGGGUGUGUUGCCUGGGAGCCUGGCAUGGAUAUCGGAGAGUUGAAGAUGCCCACUGCUCAACAGGGAGAAGCCCUAUAUCAUGCGCGUCUUGAGCGAGCCAAACAGGCUCGUGAACUAUACGAAAAGACCGGGGAAGUGGUGUAUCAACCGUUGGUUGAUCCGAAGGCUGCUGAUCCUAAUACCGGUUCAUUGGCUGGUCUUCCCGGACCAGUUGUUUGGUCCUGGUAUGGCUCUUGGACAUUGAAAGGAUUCGAAAACCGAUAUGCGGUGAUGAGUGAUCUGGACCACUUUGACUAUACCACAGUCCCGGGCGUGGCGAAGCUGCAAAAGCCCGCGCUGUUGAUCCACGGUGACAACUGCAUGAAUGCAGCUGCUGCUAAGCGUCACUACGAGUCCAUUCCUACGGAUCAGAAAAAGUUGAUCUGGGACAACGAGGUUUCCCACUUUCAGCACUACGACCAGCCGGACUGUGUUGAUCGCAAUGUGGGAAACAUUGCCGCAUGGUUUGCUGGUAUUAAAUAG